UGUACACACACGUGUGGCCAACCCACCAGAAAGAGUAGAACUGUUGCUGUGUACAGCCCACCAGAGAAUGUCUCCCAGCCUUCAGGAAGGUGCUCAGCUUGGAGAAAGCAAGACGUCUCCCUGUUCAUUUUCCAUCGAGAGCAUUUUAGGACUGGAUCAGAAGAAGGAUUGUGUCCCAUCAAUGAAACCCCACAGACCUUGGGCAGACACCUGGGGUUCCUCAGAGAAAGAUGCUAGCCUCUCUUUACAUGUCCCAAGUCUUCCCAAUGGGAUCUCCUUUCCUUCUAUUGUGGAUCACCCAAUGCCAGAAGAAAGAGCCUUGAAAUAUGAAAAUUACUUUUCAACCUCAGAAAGGCUAUCAUUGAAAAAAGAAUUGAGUUGGUAUAGAGGCAGAAGACCAAGAACUGCUUUUACCCAAAACCAGGUAGAGGUAUUGGAAAAUGUCUUUAGAGUAAACUGCUAUCCUGGCAUUGAUAUAAGAGAAGACUUAGCUCAAAAAUUGAAUUUAGAGGAAGACAGAAUCCAGAUUUGGUUCCAAAAUCGGCGUGCAAAGCUGAAAAGAUCCCAUAGAGAAUCACAGUUUCUAAUGGCAAAAAAAAUUUUCAACUCAAAUUUCCUGGAAUAGAUAAAAAACCAAACCUGUGUAAUUAUCUUCCAGUUGUAGAACCUGAAGAAUCAUGGAAAUAUCAACUGUUAGUAAUGUGAC